UGUGGUACUUAAGUUGUAAUUCGAUCUCGUUCUGUGAUAAGACGACCUGAGUUGUGGACCGCAUGUGUGUCACAUUGUGUCCUGACAGCAUGACCAGCACCGCGGUAUGGGCGCUGAUCAGCUGCAUUGUGGGUGUAGCCCGGGGGCAGACAGAUGGGGACGUCCGUCUCGCAGGAGAGAGCUCCAGGAACAGGGGGAGGUUAGAAGUCUUCUACAACAGCAGAUGGGGAUCCGUCUGUGACGACAGCUUCGACGUGGACGCUGCCAUCGUCGUGUGUCGUCAGCUGGGGCUGCCCACGUCACGCCCCAAUAUCGAAAUUAAAAGACCCGGUCCAAGUUUCUAUAAUCUGGAUGACGUCAGAUGCACGGGCAACGAGGAGGCGUUGGGAGAUUGUCAACACAGAACUUGGGGCACCUCAGACUGCUCAGCUGAAGAACACGUACUCGUUGCAUGUGCAGCUGACCCGUGUAAAGCUGACUCCUGUGCUGUGGGCGGCGUGUGUCGACAUGUGAUGGACAGCAACUACAUAUGUGACUGUAUACCCGGGUACACGGGCACCCGAUGUCAGACGGACGUGGACGAGUGUGUGAGCGCCACCAACGGGUGCAGCCACUCCUGCGUCAAUACCCCCGGGGCCUACCACUGUCAGUGCCCGGAUGAGCUGCAGCUUGGAGCGGACAACCACACGUGCUAUUCUGAAGGUGUGCACGUGUCCUGCACGUCCCAGAAUAUGCAGGUGGAGUUGGACAAACGACAUCUCCUUGGUCUACAUGGACGGUACUUGACGUUGUGGGACAGGACAUGUUCUGCCACGGACACGCCCACCCACGUGUAUGUCACAGUGCCGCUGGAGGGGUGUGGCACUCGGGUCACGCAAGACGGCGAUGCAUUUGUCUACGAGAACCAGGUGCAGUCGCACACCGUACCGGUGCAGGGAUUGGUGACGAGGGUGAGGGACGUCAACAUCACGGUCCGCUGCUACUACGGCAGCAACAUCACAGCAGGGAACUUCUACGUUGUCGACACCGGCGAACUGCACUUCACCGACCACGAACAAGGCGUCUACCAGAUCAGCAUGGAUUUAAUUCACAACGGCGUGAAGUACCGACCCAACAACACCGACCCUCUGACCGUGGAGCCUGGCGAGAAGCUGUCAAUCAAACUGUCUCUCCAUAGCAACGACUCGCACCUUCAGGUGUUCGCAAGGAACUGCAAGGCCACGCCCACUGAUACAACACACACUACAGAACAGUACCUUGUGGUAGACAAUGGAUGUUCUACUGAUUCCACGUUGACCUUCAAGAACGUCAGUGACGUCACACAAGAGACCUUGACCCUGGAAACGUUCAAGUUCGACAACUCAAGCUCGAUGUAUUUCCACUGCGAGGUUCUGGUUUGCAAUGUCACGGAUCCAGACUCCAGGUGCCACCACGGUUGUCUCACCCCCGGUAGGGGGAGGAGGGAUGUGGGGAGGGGGGAGGACGGCCAAGAUGUGUACCUGGCGUCGCAUGAGCUGGCGGUGGGGCCGGUGGAGCUGCAGAGUGGAGCUGGCAGCUCAGUGCGCAUGAAGAAAUCGGACCUACCAGCAAACACCCCCUCAGACCCCGAGACGGGGAGGGCGGCGCUGACGGCAGGGCUAGCUCUCCUGGGCGUGGCACUCAUCAUGAUCACGGUCGCUCUCUCCAUCAUCUUCAAGAAUGACGAGGAAGGCGAUGUGAAGGUCAAGGACGACGCAGAGGAAAGACUAAUCAACGGAGAUAAAUGAAAUAAAAUCUUCUCUUUUUUAAAAUGUUUGCAAUUUCUUCCUUCUCAUGUAACGGUUAAGAGCAAUAAUGUCAAGCUACCCUUAUGAGACAGUUGAAUCAUGGCCCUAGUCUAGACGGUCAUCCCACUCAUGUGCCAAAAUGCAACGGACUAUGAAAAUAAACAAGCAAACAUACCACACAGUA